GACAUUAUGAGAAGGUGUGUUUCCGGAAGACGUGGCUGUUGCUGCAGUGGCAGCUGUCAUCCAAAUUAUUUAAAAUACCACUUUUAGAAUUCCUCCUCUGCUUUUCUUGUAUCGCCACACAUUUAUCUGGCGCCAGGAUGAUUUCGUUAACGGACUCCCAAAAGAUCGGAAUGGGAUUAACAGGCUUUGGUGUGUUUUUCCUCUUCUUUGGAAUGAUUCUGUUCUUUGACAAAGCACUUCUGGCUAUUGGAAAUAUCCUGUUUGUUGCUGGACUCGCCUUUGUCAUUGGGCUGGAAAGGACAUUCCGCUUCUUUUUCCAGAAACACAAGAUGAAGGCCACCAGUUUCUUCCUGGGAGGAGUGUUUGUGGUGCUGAUUGGCUGGCCCAUCAUUGGAGUUGUGCUGGAGAUCUAUGGUUUUUUCCUCUUGUUCAGAGGUUUCUUCCCAGUGGUUGUAGGCUUUAUCAGAAGAAUACCAGUCCUUGGCUCUAUUCUAAACCUGCCCUUGAUCAGCGCACCUUCGUAAGGCUCUGAGGACAAUCAGCAGUCGUGUAUGUGGACAAAGUGGGCGAGAGCAACACCAUGGUAUAACAGUGACUUUUUAUACCCAAAGAAGGCUGUAGGAGUACAGCAGGUUUUAUAAAACAACGCAAUCUCCCUGGGCGCUGAUUUAAAGCCACGAAACAUUCAGAUUUCCCCCUCCAGCAGGCAAAGACUGUUUUCUGUCUGUCUGUAUUUUCACUGGUCAGUGCUACCACUCAGAGGUUCACAAGAGUGUCACAGCACCUGUCUGUUAUUAAAGGAUGGAGUUACUAAAAAUAUUUCAAAUGCUAUUGAUCCCUUCACUGUUGAGAGCAUCUUGCAUGAAAAUGGAGGUCGGAAGACUCCUUUGAGGCCUCAUUGACUCUCUACAUGACUGUCACAUCCUCUAGAACUCGUAUACAAAACUGCCCACCCUCCACAUGGAUGAGACGUGGGCCAACAGCUUGUCAUGUCACGUUUCUGUGCCUGUGCUUUAACUUUAUUUAGACAAAAGCUUUAAAGUCCAGCAUUUUGUCUCUUUGCCAUUGUUCUGUGACUUUUGUUUUUCCGUAUUGCAGCUUUUUGAAUACCAAGUACGAAAUUGUAAUAAUUCUUUUGUCACAUGUAAUUUCUUUUUACGGUCGGCUGGGAGUUCAAUGUACUUUAGUAUAAAUUAUUUUUUUCAACGACCACUGCUUGACUUCAUGUAUGGUGAAGUGCUGUAGGAUCAUGCUAGUGUUUGUUGUGUUUUCCCCCUAAGCUACUAAAUGUGGAUAUUAUAAGUAGUAUAAUCAGUCUGGUCACACUAGAAUGUGGUAGCACCUAAUAUGGUUAAAUGCUAGACAUUUGGUAAGGCUAACUAGCAGACUGUGCUAGCUGUAAGUUAACUGCUGGCCAGCUGGGGGCAUGCUUUCCAGGUCAGCUGACUUUCUAAUGGUCAGUAGCAAGCUAAGCAGCUCAGUCAUUAACUUGAAAACAGUGUAAGAAUGUGCACUGUCUGAUUUCAUAUCCGUCUACACUGUUGCUUUUUUAAAGCAGUGCUAUUCUAGCAGAACACUUACAUAAAAGUCAUGGGUGCAAUUCCAGAAGUUCUGCUACUAAUUACUAUAUUAUAUAAAUAUGUUGCUGAUUGAUGGUUUAGUUGCAUAGUCCACAGAGUAUGCAAACCUGGGCUCCACCGCCAUCCACCCCAACCAUUUCCCAUCGACUCCAGUGGAGUUCAUAAAUGUGGAGCUUAAUUCAUAAAGAAGAACUAUAAUACAAAAAUAUUGGGAAAACAUGAUUUGACGAUGCAACACAUAAAAGACUACAACAACCUGAAGAGCAUGAAUAUGCUUGCAAAUGUUCACUGAAGUUGUAUUCUAUAUGUAAGACUGAGACAGAUAGCUUGGCUAAGUUUUACCCUGUGAGCAGAGCCACUCAGGAGUUCAGUUGCAGAUAUUUGUUUUCUUUCAGACUCCAGCUGUUUUAAAGCUUGUGAGAGCAGAGAAUUUAAAAGUGCUACAUGUAGCUACUAUGUUGCAAGAAUGUUUUUUUUGACUUUUUUUUCCAAGUUACCUUAUUAGCCUCUGAUAAAUUGAAGUCUUUAGGGGGCAGUGAUCCUAAUCUGUUUUCUAAAUUUGUAUUUCUCUAAAAAUACCCUUUAAGAAAACAAAAUGUUUACUGAAAUGGAUUAUGUGAUAUGAACAGCUUAGUUUUCUGCAGUCUGCAAGUGAAAUGUGAUGUCUUUCUGGAAAUGGGUGGUAAUAAAGCCAAAGUUCUAAGGCCCAACAUUGUUAUGAACUAAUCCUACUAUGGGCCAAAACAUGAAAAACACUGGUAUGUUCAUUUGCAGCAGAAACAUCUCAAUUGAAGAAAUCAAAUAAAUUUUUGCAGUGGUCAAACCUACAACUUCAUCUCUACCCUGUAAACACUAUCAAGCUGACAAAGUGAAACAGCUGCAGCUUCACAUGUCUCUGGACCUACAGAUCUCUAUAUUUAGGUGAGCAUUAGUUUCAUCAACUGUACCACUGGGAGAUAUGUUCUCCUGACAUCCUUUUUUCAUUUCUUCAUUUGUCCAGAGUCUUCUAACUCUACACAGGUUUUAAAUGUACAAAUUCUCCUGUUUGUUAAUGGUGAAACUACCUGCCACCACCCAAGAGCUGAAUAAAUAGGUUUUUCUGCUGUGGGUCUUUUUGCUGAAAGCAUCCAGAAAACUGAAAUUACUUGUGAAACGACAAUGUUUUGCUGUAUGGCACUUUUGUAAAUAUACUAUAGAAGUUA